UCUCUUCUUCCUUCGGGAUCUUUCCUCUUAUUUGUACCUUCUGAAUUUGAUCACUCUCGCCUGAGGGACUCUUCUGCGAACAUGACCGCCGAAACCAUCGUCUCUCACGAAAAUGGCGUAGCUCCCAACGGUGGUAUCUCCUCAAACCCUAACAGUACUGCUUCGUCGAAGAAGGCUCGCGAGAGUGAGCGGCGUCGUCGGCGGCGGAAGCAGAAAAAGAACAACAAAGUACCCCCGUCUGAUGCGGAUGAAGGCGACGUUUUUGGUGGUACUGAGUCGAAGGAGAACGCAGAUCCGCAACAGCAGGCUACGGAGCAGGUUGUGAUAGAGUAUGUUCCGGAACAGGCAGAACUAGAUGAUGGUUUCCACGAAGAGUUUAGGCAGAUCUUUGAGAAGUUCAACUUUCGGGAACCCGUUGCUUCUGAGGAGGACAAGAAGGAUGAGUCUGAGGAAAAGGCGGAUGCGAAAAAGAAUGCAGACUCUGAUUCAGAGGAGGAAGAGAAUGACAACCAGCUGAAAGAGAAAGGUCUCUCUAACAAGAAGAAAAAGCUCCAACGGAGAAUGAAGAUUGCUGAGCUGAAGCAGGUUUCCGCUAGGCCUGAUGUGGUUGAGGUCUGGGAUGCAACUGCAGCAGACCCAAAGUUGUUGGUGUACUUGAAAUCUUAUCGGAACACAGUACCUGUUCCAAGGCAUUGGUGCCAAAAGAGAAAAUAUCUGCAGGGAAAACGAGGCAUAGAGAAGCAGCCAUUCCAGCUUCCUGAUUUUAUUGCUGCAACCGGGAUCGAAAAAAUUAGACAAGCUUACAUUGAGAAAGAAGAUGGUAAGAAGUUGAAGCAAAAGCAACGGGAGCGUAUGCAGCCUAAAAUGGGAAAGAUGGACAUUGACUAUCAGGUUCUUCAUGAUGCAUUCUUCAAAUACCAGACAAAGCCUAAGCUGACAGCUCUUGGUGAUCUAUAUUUCGAAGGAAAAGAAUUUGAGGUUAAACUGAGGGAAAUGAAACCAGGAACCUUGUCGCGUGAACUAAAAGAAGCUCUUGGUAUGCCAGAUGGUGCUCCUCCGCCAUGGUUGAUUAAUAUGCAGAGAUACGGUCCUCCACCUUCUUACCCACAUCUAAAAAUUCCUGGUCUAAAUGCCCCUAUUCCACCUGGAGCUAGCUUUGGUUAUCAUCCCGGGGGUUGGGGAAAACCUCCCGUUGAUGAAUAUGGACGUCCACUGUAUGGAGAUGUCUUUGGUGUCCAGCAGCCUGAACAGCCUUACUACGAGGAGGAGCCAGUUGAUAAAAGCAAGCACUGGGGUGAUUUGGAGGAAGAGGAAGAAGAAGAGGAGGAGGAGGAGGAGGAGGAACAAGAAGAGGAGAUGGAGGAAGAGGAACUGGAGGACGGUAUUCAGUCUGUGGAUACGCUGUCAAGCACUCCUACCGGUAUUGAGACACCCGAUGCAAUAGAACUUCGUAAACAGCAGAGAAAGGAGCCUGAGAGGCCUUUAUAUCAAGUCCUUGAAGAAAAGGGAGAGAGUAUUGCUCCUGGUACUUUGCUUGGAACAACUCAUACAUAUGUUAUUAACACCGGUACUCAAGACAAGACGGGAGCCAAAAGGGUUGACUUGCUCAGAGGUCAGAAGGCAGACAGAGUGGAUGUCAGUUUACAGCCAGAAGAGCUGGAAGUCAUGGACAAUGUUUUACCUACCAAGUAUGAGGAGGCGAGGGAAGAGGAGAAACUGCGUACUCAACGGGAGGAUUUCAGUGACAUGGUCGCCGAGAACGAGAAGAAGAGGAAGCGAAAAAUGCAUGAGAAGGAAGGGAAGAAGAAGAAAGAUUUCAAGUUCUGAGGUCUCUCUCUGGUCCUUUUUUUUUUAGGAGAAAACGAAUCGGAGGAGUUUUUAGCACAAAUGCUUUGAGAACCAAAAAUGGAUUCUCUAUAUUUGUACUUUGAAUUUGAAGUAAAGAUCCCUAAUCCCUAGUCGAAAGCCAACGCAGAUUCAUGGCGUGGUUUGUUUGGGAAACCGAGCAGUGAUAAAUUCAGGGCACGGUUGCUGA